AUGUCCUUUUAUUUUGCUUCCCUCCCAUCCACAGGAGAUAAAGCUUUGGAUGGCUACAGCAAGAAGAAAUAUGUCUGCAAGCUGCUUUUUAUCUUCUUACUUGGCCAUGACAUUGACUUUGGCCACAUGGAGGCGGUGAAUCUGCUCAGUUCCAACAAGUACACAGAGAAGCAGAUUGGUUACCUGUUCAUCUCAGUACUGGUGAAUUCAAAUAGUGAGCUUAUCCGCCUCAUUAAUAAUGCCAUCAAAAAUGACUUGUCUAGCCGCAACCCCACCUUCAUGGGACUGGCUCUGCACUGUAUUGCCAAUGUAGGUAGUAGAGAGAUGGCAGAGGCCUUUGCUGGAGAGAUCCCAAGGAUACUGGUUGCUGGAGACACCAUGGACAGCGUUAAACAGAGUGCUGCCCUCUGCCUCCUGCGUCUGUACCGUACCUCUCCAGACUUGGUGCUGACAAAUGAGUGGACUUCACGAGUGGUUCAUCUGCUUAAUGACCAGCACCUGGGUGUAGUAACUGCUGCCACCAGUCUGAUCACCACCCUGGCACAGAAGAAUCCUGAAGAGUUUAAAACUUCAGUUUCGCUGGCUGUGUCCCGAUUGAGCAGGAUUGUCACUUCGGCCUCCACAGACCUGCAGGAUUACACAUACUAUUUUGUUCCAGCUCCCUGGCUCUCUGUGAAACUGCUAAGGCUGUUACAGUGUUAUCCUCCCCCAGACCCUGCUGUGCGAGGACGACUUACAGAGUGCUUAGAAACUAUUCUGAACAAAGCCCAAGAGCCUCCCAAAUCCAAGAAAGUGCAGCACUCCAACGCCAAGAAUGCUGUACUAUUUGAGGCAAUCAGCCUCAUUAUUUACCAUGACAGUGAGCCCAAUCUGCUGGUCCGGGCAUGCAACCAGCUGGGCCAGUUCCUGCAGCAUCGGGAGACCAACCUGCGCUACCUGGCAUUGGAGAGCAUGUGUACCCUGGCCAGCUCCGAGUUCUCACACGAGGCUGUGAAGACACAUAUUGAGACUGUAAUCAAUGCACUAAAGACAGAAAGGGAUGUAAGUGUUCGGCAACGUGCAGUGGAUCUACUGUAUGCAAUGUGUGAUCGCAGCAAUGCUCAACAGAUUGUAGCAGAGAUGUUAAAUUACCUGGAGACUGCAGAUUACUCCAUUCGGGAAGAAAUAGUUCUCAAGGUAGCAAUCCUUGCUGAAAAGUAUGCAGUCGAUUACACGUGGUAUGUGGACACCAUUCUUAACCUCAUUCGUAUAGCUGGGGACUAUGUCAGUGAAGAGGUCUGGUACAGGGUAAUCCAAAUUGUCAUAAACAGAGAUGAUGUUCAGGGAUAUGCAGCCAAAACUGUGUUUGAGGCUCUCCAGGCUCCUGCCUGUCAUGAAAAUCUGGUCAAAGUUGGAGGGUAUAUUUUGGGCGAGUUUGGUAAUCUUAUUGCUGGUGAUCCACGUUCUAGCCCUUUGAUCCAGUUUAACUUGUUACACUCAAAGUUCCAUCUUUGCAGUGUCCCUACCAGGGCCCUGCUCCUUUCGGCCUACAUAAAGUUUAUUAAUCUCUUCCCUGAGAUUAAACCCACCAUCCAAGAUGUGCUACGAAGUGACAGCCAGCUCAGAAAUGCUGAUGUGGAGCUUCAGCAGAGAGCUGUGGAGUAUCUGCGCCUGAGCUCAAUUGCCAGUAAUGACAUCUUGGCUACAGUUUUGGAGGAGAUGCCUCCUUUCCCUGAACGAGAGUCCUCCAUCUUGGCCAAGCUGAAGAAGAAGAAGGGCCCCAGCACCGUCACUGACCUGGAAGACACGAAGAAGGAGAAAAACAGCUCUGAUGUGAAUGGGGGCACUGAGCCCGUCCCUGUUAGCACAGCGGGGCAGUCCACUCCCUCUCCUUCGGCUGACCUCUUGGGCCUGGGAGGUCCUUCUGCUGCUGGUCCUGGUGCGCUCCCUGCUGCGUCCUCUGAUAAUCUGCUUGUGGACGUUUUUGCUGAUUCAUCUCUGCCAGUUGCUGCUGUCGCUACAGGGGCGGAAGAGAACUUUUCAAGGUUUAUCUGCAAAAAUAAUGGUGUCCUGUUCGAGAACCAGCUACUGCAGAUUGGCCUGAAAUCUGAGUUUCGCCAAAAUUUGGGUCGAAUGUUUAUUUUCUAUGGCAACAAGAUGUCUUCUCAGUUCCAGAACUUCACUUCAACACUAAUGUGCUCAGAUGAACUUAAAGCCAGUCUGAAUCUCCAGUCUAAGCCAGUGGAGCCUGCAGUUGAUGGAGGUGCCCAGGUGCAGCAAGUGGUCAACAUUGAGUGGUGCAGGAGUUUGUGGAAGCCCCGGUCCUCAACAUCCAGUUUAGGUACGGAGGUGCUUUCCAAAACUUCUCCGUAAAGCUGCCCAUCACUAUCAAUAAAUUCUUUCAACCAACUGAGAUGGAAGGCCAAGAUUUUUUUCAGCGCUGGAAACAGCUCAGUGGGCCCAAGCAAGAGGUUCAGAACAUUUUCAAGGCAAAGCAUCCGAUGGACAUUGAAAUCACUAAAGCAAAGCUCAUUGGAUUUGGACCUGCCCUUUUGGAAAAUGUUGAUCCAAACCCGUCCAACUUUGUGGCAGCUGGAAUUAUCCAAGCAAAAUCCCGACAGGUGGGAUGCCUGCUACGCCUCGAACCUAAUGUGCAGGCACAGAUGUACCGGCUCACCAUCCGCACAAGUAAAGAGGAGGUUUCCCAGAGACUGUGUGACCUGCUCUCUGAGCAAUUUUAG